CCCCGGGGGGAUGCUGGAGGCUCGGAGAGGGGAGAACAGACGAGCAGCGUCGAGGACCCAGACAGACGGCGGUUUGGGGAGAAAAGGAGGCGGGGGGCAGCCGGAAAGCACCGAGGAGGGGAGUACAAAGUGGGGGGAGCGCCGUGGGCUCCUGGCCAGCCCCGGGCAGAGCGGAGCAUCCCCGGCCGCGGCUCCCCCCCCCCUCCCCAAGCUCGGGCAGGGACCCACCCCCGGCGGCGUGGGGCGAGGGGGGCGCCCCCGCCUUGACGUCAGGAGAAGGGUUUAUAAAGGCGGCGGGAGGCGAGGAGAUCCCCAACGCCGGAGCCGAGCCGCAGCGGAGCCGCCAGCGCUUCCCCGCCGCCUCCUGCCCGCGCCCGCCCCGCCGGCGAGAUGCUGUCGUGCCGCCUCCACUGCGCCCUGGCCCUGCUCUCCAUCGCCCUGGCCCUCGGCACCGUCUCGGCCGCCCCCUCGGACCCUCGGCUCCGGCAGUUCCUGCAGAAAUCCCUGGCUGCCGCCGCCGGGAAGCAGGAACUGGCCAAGUACUUUUUGGCAGAACUGCUCUCAGAGCCCAGCCAGACAGAAAAUGAAGCCCUGGAGUCUGAGGACUUGUCCCGAGGGGCCGAGCAGGACGAAGUGAGACUGGAGCUGGAGCGCUCGGCUAACUCAAACCCCGCUCUGGCGCCCCGGGAACGCAAAGCGGGCUGCAAGAACUUCUUCUGGAAAACUUUCACAUCCUGUUAGCUUUUGAAACCCACCUCUCCUCCCCAUCCAUCCCUGCCUUCCUCCUAGCCCCCCGCCCCGAGCAGAACCUUCACCACACGAGGCGAAGACUGUAAAUACACGGUUAUGGUGAAAUGAAACACGCGAGGAAAAUCUGAGUUCGAUUUCGAGUUGUUUUAAUAAAACUUUCUGUUCCAAUUGUACACGAUUUGCUUGAGUUGUGAUUUCUGACUAGUUCCUUAAUGACAUGCACUCUGCGGCUCUUUCAGAUGUACUAUUUUUAAUCCUUCGUUGCAAUAAAGUUUAUGUUUCAAACAGUGA